AUUGACAAAACACCGAGGCUUGAAACCGGAUGACGAACAGCUUCAUGUUCUACCUCUCUACAUUAUGGACGAGUCUGAUGAAUACGGCAACAAGGAAGCCCAGGAGUCCAAAGUGAAAACAGGCGCUAUUGAAAAAUUAACCAAAACUUCGGGGACAAUUGGUAACCAACGUGAUCAUAACAUGAAUGCAAAUUUGAUGGAAGGAGCCGAUCCACAACUUCAGAGCUUACAGGACGCACAGUUGGGCGGCGUAGCUAUAGCUUUGGAACACGGCUCGGUGCUAUUGGAGUGUGCCAGACACGAGCUCCACUCCACCACCGCCCUAAAGCACCCCAACCGAACCAACCCCACCCGGAUCUCCCUCGUGUUCUACCAACACCGUAAUCUGAACCGGGCCCGCCACGGCUGCGAGGAGUAUAAGGAGAUGCGGCUGCGGAAGCUGGCCACCACUGGCCAUUAAAAUGGGUCCUGUAGCUUUGCCUAUCGGCGGACCACCCGUUCAAAAAUAUCAAACAUUUUCGAAUAUGUAUCUUUCCAUAAGCAACAGAUGCUCUUUUGUAUCUUCUCAAAAGCAUCUUUUUUAGUAACGUCUUUUCAGCAGCACACAGUUUAUAGUACGUGCUGAUGAUCGGGAGGGUCUUGGGCGGAAUAUCGGCCUCGAUCUUGUUCACUGCAUUCGAAGCGUGGUAUAUGAACGAACACGUCAACUUGUUCAAUUUGCCCGACGAGUGGCUGAACCUGACAUACAGCAAAGCAAAUAUCGUUUGAGGACUGCUGGCUAUAGUAGCCGG